UCGUCAGUGUUUCAGUCAGUGUCAUACAGGCAAUGACCAAAGCCGCAUGGGCCAGCUCUACCUACAACUCUAGCGUGUUUCACCAUCCACCAUCAUACAUUCAUCAUCAUUUAUGAUGAUCAAAUUACAAAUAUUCUCUCAAUAAAAAAAUAUCUUUCGCCAUCUGCUCUCUGGUUUUGCCUCUCGCUGGAUCUGUAGGUGGACCGGUCCAUUGGAUUACAAUGUCAUUGUUUUGUUUUCUUGACACUUGACAGCUCCACAGUUAUGUACUGUGCACAUUUACAAUAACAUACAUAGUUUUAAAUUCUUGUAAAGCCGACUAUAAUUAUUCAAAUUCAAAUUAUUACGUGGAGUAUGUUAUAAAUAAUUUAGUCAUAAUGUGGAUUUUUGGAUACGGGUCUUUGGUGUGGAAAGUAGAUUUUAAGUACGAGUAUAAGAUCGUGGGUUAUAUUAAAGGUUAUUUCCGAAGGUUUUAUCAACACAGUAUAGAUCAUCGUGGAACCCCUGAAAAGCCUGGCCGAGUUGUAACAUUAGUCCAAAGUGAUGAUGUCAACAGUAAAGUGUUUGGAGUAGCAUACAAAAUAAGGACCGAAGAUGUUGAACAAGUUACCAAACAUUUGGACUAUAGAGAAAAGAAUGGUUACACGAAGAAGACUGUCACAUUCUAUCCAAUAGAUUCAAACCAUGAACCAUUUAAGCUAACUUUGUAUGUAGCGACAGAGGAUAAUGACUCUUAUGCAGGUCCAGCAACAAUAGAAGAUUUAGCAAAGCAAGUGAUAUCCUGCCACGGGCCGAGUGGUUCAAAUAAGGAGUAUGUAUACAACCUCGCGGCUGCGAUGCGGGAACUCGCACCAGAUGUGGACGACAAUCACCUCUUUGCAUUGGAGAAGGCUGUGCAGACGCUAGAUCCGGAUUUCAAGACGACUUGAGGGUCCGAUGAAAGGAAAGAACUUCUACGGACUAUUAAUGAGGCAAUGAUCUAGAAAUUUUGUGGUGAUUGCCCUUCAUGAUCCCGAUUACCUGGAUGGCCAUGUACAUCCUCCGCUCGUACGUAAGGUGGUACAAGGAUGAAGAGGUAUGAAGGAGACUCAUAUGGAAUUAAUCAGGGUUGACAACAUUAAACCAUGGGAACAUUAGCAUCUACGAUGAUGUUCAAACAGAUUGUUCCCUUGGUAUAGAAACCCAUUCUUGAAUAUGUGAGGAUCCUAUGACCAGCUAGGAAUAUGUAUAAGGAAAUUGCGCCUUUCCGGAUCUGAAUAAAGGUCACGUUUGCAA